CAGCCAUGGAGUUACAGAAGGGAAAGGGGGCGGCAGCAGCAGCAGCAGCAGCAGCAGCAGCUGCUUCGGGAGCAGCGGGAGGUGGAGGAGGAGCGGGAGCAGGAGCCCCAGGAGGGGGGAGGCUGCUACUUUCAACCAGUUUGGAUGCCAAGGAUGAGUUAGAGGAGAGGUUGGAAAGAUGUAUGAGCAUUGUGACAUCGAUGACUACUGGUGUCUCAGAGAGAGAGGCCAAUGACGCCCUCAAUGCCUACGUAUGCAAAGGCCCCCCCCAGCACGAGGAAAUCUGCCUAGGCCUCUUCACGCUUGUCCUCACCGAACCUGCCCAAGCCCAGAAGUGUUACCGGGACUUGGCUCUGGUGAGUCGUGACGGCAUGAAUAUUGUCCUGAAUAAAAUCAACCAGAUACUUAUGGAGAAGUACUUGAAGUUGCAGGAUACCUGCCGUACUCAGUUGGUGUGGUUGGUACGGGAACUAGUGAAGAGUGGGGUUCUGGGAGCCGAUGGUGUUUGCAUGACAUUCAUGAAGCAGAUUGCCGGUGGGGAUGUUACGGCAAAAAAUAUCUGGUUGGCAGAGAGUGUUCUGGAUAUCCUGAUGGAGCAGAGGGAGUGGGUAUUGAAGAGCAGCAUCCUCAUUGCCAUGGCUGUUUACACAUACCUCCGCCUCAUCGUGGACCACCAUGGGACCGCCCAGCUGCAGGCCCUGCGGCAGAAGGAGGUGGACUUCUGCAUCUCACUGCUUCGGGAGCGGUUCAUGGAAUGUUUGAUGAUUGGCCGAGACCUCGUAAGACUACUUCAGAAUGUUGCCAGGAUACCAGAAUUUGAACUGCUUUGGAAAGAUAUUAUCCAUAACCCUCAGGCCUUGAGUCCUCAGUUCACAGGUAUCCUACAGCUUCUUCAGUCAAGAACAUCUCGAAAAUUCCUAGCAUGUCGUUUAACCCCAGACAUGGAGACUAAGCUCCUCUUCAUGACAUCCCGGGUGCGGUUUGGUCAACAAAAGCGAUACCAGGAUUGGUUCCAGCGCCAGUACCUGUCAACCCCAGACAGUCAGUCUCUGCGCUGUGACCUCAUUCGCUACAUCUGUGGGGUUGUCCACCCUUCUAAUGAAGUGCUGAGUUCAGAUAUCUUGCCCCGAUGGGCCAUCAUUGGCUGGCUCCUGACAACAUGCACGUCAAAUGUCGCUGCCUCUAAUGCCAAGCUGGCUUUGUUUUACGACUGGCUGUUCUUUAGCCCAGACAAGGAUAGCAUUAUGAACAUAGAGCCAGCCAUCCUGGUCAUGCAUCACUCUAUGAAGCCCCACCCAGCCAUCACUGCCACACUCCUGGACUUCAUGUGCCGUAUCAUUCCCAACUUCUAUCCACCAUUGGAGGGCCAUGUGCGGCAGGGUGUCUUUUCCUCCCUCAAUCACAUUGUGGAGAAACGGGUCCUGGCGCAUUUGGCUCCCCUAUUUGACAACCCUAAAUUGGAUAAGGAGCUGCGGGCCAUGCUGAGGGAGAAGUUUCCUGAGUUCUGCAGUUCUCCCAGCCCACCUGUGGAAGUCAAAAUUGAGGAGCCAGUUUCCAUGGAGAUGGACAACCACAUGUCAGACAAGGAUGAGAGUUGCUAUGACAACGCAGAGGCAGCCUUUAGUGACGAUGAGGAGGAUCUCAACAGCAAAGGAAAGAAGAGAGAGUUUCGCUUCCACCCAAUCAAGGAGACAGUGGUGGAAGAGCCAGUUGAUAUCACCCCUUACCUUGACCAGCUGGAUGAGUCCCUGAGGGACAAAGUGCUCCAGCUUCAGAAGGGGAGUGAUACAGAGGCCCAGUGUGAGGUCAUGCAGGAAAUCGUGGACCAGGUCCUGGAGGAAGACUUUGACUCGGAGCAGCUGUCUGUCCUCGCUUCCUGCCUACAGGAGCUCUUCAAGGGCCACUUUCGAGGGGAGGUGCUGCCCGAGGAGAUCACUGAGGAGUCCCUGGAGGAAUCUGUGGGGAAACCUCUCUACCUAAUAUUUAGGAACCUAUGCCAGAUGCAGGAAGACAACAGCAGCUUCUCUCUGCUUCUGGACCUUCUCUCUGAGCUGUAUCAGAAGCAGCCCAAGAUUGGCUACCACCUGCUUUACUACCUAAGGGCCAGCAAAGCCGCUGCCGGGAAAAUGAACCUGUACGAGUCAUUUGCCCAGGCCACCCAGCUGGGCGACCUGCACACCUGCUUAAUGAUGGACAUGAAGGCCUGCCAGGAGGAUGACGUGCGACUGCUGUGCCACCUCACACCCUCCAUCUACACAGAGUUUCCAGAUGAGACCUUGCGGAGUGGGGAGCUGCUGAACAUGAUUGUGGCUGUUAUUGACUCAGCACAGCUCCAGGAGCUGGUCUGCCAUGUGAUGAUGGGGAACCUGGUCAUGUUUCGAAAAGACUCAGUCCUCAAUAUACUAAUCCAGAGCCUGGACUGGGAAACCUUUGAGCAGUACUGUGCCUGGCAGCUCUUCCUGGCCCACAACAUCCCCCUGGAGACCAUAAUCCCCAUCCUGCAGCACCUCAAGUACAAAGAGCACCCAGAGGCCCUGUCCUGCCUACUGCUUCAACUCCGAAGAGAGAAGCCCAGUGAGGAGAUGGUGAAGAUGGUGCUGAGCCGGCCCUGCCACCCCGACGACCAGUUCACCACCAGCAUCCUGAGGCACUGGUGCAUGAAGCACGACGAGCUGCUGGCUGAGCACAUCAAGUCCUUGCUCAUCAAGAACAACAGCCUCCCGCGCAAGAGGCAGAGCCUGAGGAGUUCUAGCAGCAAGCUGGCCCAGCUGACUCUGGAGCAGAUCCUAGAACACUUGGACAACCUGCGUCUCAACCUGACCAACACCAAGCAGAACUUUUUCAGCCAGACCCCAAUUCUGCAGGCUCUGCAACACGUCCAGGCGAGCUGUGACGAAGCCCACAAGAUGAAGUUCAGUGAUCUCUUCUCCCUGGCCGAGGAAUAUGAGGACUCUUCCACCAAGCCACCCAAGAGCCGGCGAAAAGCAGCUCUGUCCAGCCCCCGAAGUCGAAAGAAUGCCACACAGCCCCCCAAUGCUGAGGAAGAGUCAGGCUCCAGCAGUGCCUCGGAGGAAGAAGACACAAAACCAAAGCCCACCAAGCGGAAACGGAAGGGGUCCUCUGCAGUGGGGUCUGACAGUGACUGAGGCCCUGUGUUCCCCAUUCCACCCCCAGUUGGACUGCCCUCCCCUCCUUGGUGAAUCAGAGGUUAAUAGGGGCUGGGGAGAUCGUAGGGGAAACACCCUGUCCCCAUCCUAGGGCUCACCCUGGGAGAAGGACGAGCUGCCUCCUUCAGCGCAGCCUGAGAAGCUGCCGUGCAGCCCCCAGUCCCUCCUCCCUCCUCUCUGGGGCCUCUAGCCGCGUCACACUGCUGCUCCCACUGAUACUGGGGUUCCCACUGAAACCAGAGGCUGUACAAAACCUGGACUGUGGUGGAAGUCUUCAGCCUCCUGCCCCCUCCCCUAGCUUCCCCCAAAACUAUUUCAGUAGAGAAGAGAAAUGACAGAGAGGCAGCUGGCCAGAGAGGCUAGGAUGAGAGUGAAAACUGUGUGGGUGCCCCUUCCAACUUCCCCCUUCAGGUCUUGAUUUGCUCUAAACAGGCGUUUUAUAGUUACCCUCCAUACACCAGUAUGAAGUGGGCAUUUAAUAAAUCUGUGACAUGGUCAAGCCACCUUUUCCUCUCCAUGGGCCAGAUGCCACAAGUGUUUGGGAAGGAACCUGAGAGGGAGGCCACAGCCCCACCUGGAGGCUUGUGCUGGCCUGAAGCUGGCACUUCAAGUCCCUGGGCCAGAGCCCAGGGAGUCCCAGAGACAUGUUCCACAGAACUGUCAAAUGGUCACAUUUCCUUGGUUCUGUCUUUGUUUCUUUUAUUUCUUUCUUUUUUUUUUUUUUUUGGCAGAGAUAAUCGCAUUUUAAAAGUUGUUUUUAAAUGACAAUAAAACAAGCCAGAACCUCUUUUGUGCCGGAGUUGCUGCCCCCUCUUACCCUGUGCACGUACAGGUGGUCUUGAUUUAAUGGGCACCCUCCCUUCACAGCUUCCCCUUCUCUCUUCCUGCCCACCCCCUUCUUUGUCUGGAGCAGAAGGCUUGGCUUUACCCCCCUGCCCCACCCUGCUUGCUUCUAUGCCUCCAUCCUUGCUGCCACUGGCUGUGCAGGCCAGGCACUGACCUGUCCAGGCAGAAAUUGAUGCUGGCACCACCUCCCAAAAGGCUGUUUGUCUUUACCCAUCUCUCAAGAAAUCAGACUUCCAAAAGCUGGUAUUUGUCAUACUCUGGUGCUUACCAACUACUGGAGGACUAAAUGCUUGGGGGUGAGGGAGAGAGUUCAGAUACCUGGGGAAAAAGAACUCUCUUCCAGAGUCUGGCCACUUGCCCAUCCAUGGGUACCGGCAGAAAAGAGCUCCUUGGCUAUGCUUUUGUUCCCCUGCUGUCCUGGGAGGUUGUGAGGGGCAGGCUGAGGAGAGAGGAGUGAAGUUGGGCCGACUGCAGACAGCUCCUCCUGUUCAGCCUGCAAAUUUGUCUUUUACAAAAUCCAGGUUCUCCCUUCCCUCAAAGCUGCUACUCCUUCCUUUGAAAGUUUCAACUGCCGGAGGCCUCCUUUUUUCCUUCCUCCCUUGUUCCCGUUUUCUCUGCCCCAAUUAAAACUAG